GGAAGAAGCUCUACAUCAUCUCUUUCUCUUUAUCUUUCUCUUUCUCUUUCUACACUAACUCACCAAUUCUCCUAUCUCUCACUUCAAGCAGAUUUUAAACCCUAAUUUCUGUUUGACAACCCCGAACGUCCAGGUGUCUUGUAUCAAUUUACAAUUAAAGAGAUUUUAAACCCUAAUUUCUGUUUGACAACCCCGAACGUCCAGGUGUCUUGUAUCAAUCUACAAUUAAAGAGAGUUUAAAUCCUAAUUUCUGUUUGACACCCCAAACGUUCGGGUGUCUUAUAUUGGUUGUCCUAUCAAUUCACAAUUAAAGAGGUUAAAGAAAGUUGCAUUUGGUGGAACAAAUUGAUGGACUGCCUUGUGGGUUUUGCAUCUUCUGUUUCAAGAGAUUUAGUGUGUGGCGCAUUAAAUCAAUUGCGUUAUCUUCGCUCCUUUAACAAUUCUGUCAAAAAGCUUGAGCAAGAAGAGGGCGAUUUGAUUGUAACAAGAGAUGAUGUCCAAAAAUAUGUUGAACAUGCCAAGAGAAAAACUAGAGAGACUAGUGGAGUUGUUCACAAGUGGCUGCAAGAUGCUAUCAGUAACAUAGGCAAAGUGAAUCAGUUGCUAGAAGAGGCAAGAACAAAAAACAUGUGUUGCUUUGGAUAUUGUCCAAAUUGGAUUUGGCGAUAUCGUAUGGGAAAAAAGCUAGCAAAUAAAGUUUUUGACCUUGAAAAGUUCAUUGAUGAGGGUAAAAAUUAUGUGCCAUUUGAUCGCAUCGCUACGCUUCCUUCAAACACCCUUGAUAUGCUUUCAGAAAAAUGCAUGAAUUUUGCGAGUAGACAAUCUGCUUUUGAGCAACUACUGGAUGCAGUGAAAAAUAAAGAUGUUUCCAUGAUUGGGUUGUAUGGAAUGGGAGGUUGUGGUAAAACCACAUUAGCAAUGGAAAUUAGGAAGUUCGUAGAAGCAGAGCAUCUUUUUGAAAAAGUUCUUUUUGUACCUGUUUCUAGUACCGUGGAAGUUCGGAGGAUUCAAGAAAAAAUAGCAAGUUCACUGCAAUUUGAAUUUCCAGAAACCGAAGAAAUGCAGAGAGCCCAAAGAUUGUACUUGAGAUUAAUUCAAGAGAAAAAUAUUUUUAUAAUUCUAGAUGAUGUGUGGGAGAAGCUUGACUUUGGCCGUAUUGGAAUUCCUUCUUCUGAACACCAUAAAGGCUGCAAGAUUCUCAUUACCACUAGAUCAGAAGCAGUUUGUACUUUAAUGGAUUGUCAAAGAAAGAUUUACUUGCCAAUUUUAACGGAUGAAGAAGCAUGGACUCUUUUCCAAAAUAAAGCACUUAUAACAGAAGCCACCUCUGAUACCUUAAAGAAAAUGGGAAGAUUAAUUUCCAAUGAAUGUAAAGGAUUGCCGGCUGCCAUUGCAGCUGUUGCUUGUAGUUUGAAGGGAAAAGCUGAGACGGUAUGGAGCGAUGCAUUGAAUAAAUUGAGACAUUCUAAGCCAAUAAAUAUUGAAAGAGGUUUGACUGAUCCCUACAAGUGCGUGCGGUUGAGCUAUGAUAAUUUGGAUGAUAAAGAAGCUAAAUCACUUUUCCUGUUGUGCUCUGUGUUUCCUGAAGAUUUUGAAAUUCACAUUGAAAUUUUAACAAGAUGUGCAAUAGGAUUAGGUGUAGUUGGAGAAGUUGACUCAUAUGAAGAGGCAAGGAGUGAAGUGAUUGCAGCUAAAAUUAAGCUUGUUAGUUGUUGUUUAUUGUUGGAUGCAGAUCAUGAACGUGUCAAAAUGUAUGAUAUAGUUCGCGAUGUAGCGCACAUAAUAGCAAAAGAUGAGAAUAAGAUUAUCAAGUGUGAAGUGGAAAAAGAUGUUAGAGUGGAACAAAAUUCAGUAAGGUAUCUAUGGUGUGCGAAAUUUCCAAAUGAUUUCGAUUGCUCCAAUCUUGAGUUUUUAUGUUUAGGGACAAAGAUGAAAGAAUUUGAUGGGAUUUUCAAAAGAAUGGGAAUGCUCAAAGUUUUGAUUCUUCAAAACGAUGAGGAUGGAAAAACACGAUUGUCAACAAUAUCUUUCAAAACAUUAACAAAUCUUCGUUGUCUAUGCAUUAAGAAUUAUGAAUUGAGCGACUUCUCAUUUUUUAGCGGUCUGAAGAAACUUCAAAGUCUCUCGUUAUGUAAUUGUUUACUGCCUUCAUUUCCUGAAUUACAAACCGGUGUUGCGAUUACACUAAAAUUGUUAGACUUGAAUGGAUGUAACAUUAAAGUGAAGAAUUUUGAAGUGAUUAAAAGAAUCCCGUUUUUGGAAGAGUUGUACAUUAUUGAUGGAGAAUGGGAUGCUAACAGUGAGGACAAUAUUGAAUUCUUUAAGACGUUUAGCUUUCCCGAAACACUUCAAAGGUAUGGAAUUGUGUUAGGGUCCCAUAAAUUUGACCGUUUUGAUUAUGAAGGUAUUUUCAUUCAUCGAAGAACUUUAUUUCUUAACCAUUUUGACAUAUCAAAUGAGCUAAUAAAGGGUUUGGCAAAAAGAGCAAACCAUCUAUUUGUACGAAAUAUUCAUGGAGGCGCAAAAAAUAUCAUCCCUGAUAUAUUUCAAAUUGAAGGAGGAGAUUUUAAUGAGUUGAAAAAGUUGGAGAUACAUAAUUCUGAAGAGUUAGAAUGUUUGAUUGACACUCGUAGUCACUCGAGUGAGGUGGUAACUCUCUUCUCCAAGUUGCAUACGCUUGGAAUUGAGAACAUGAGAAAUCUAAGAGUUAUAUGGCUUUGUUUUCUUCCUGCCAAUGGACUUUUUGAGAACUUAAAGAAGUUUGAUUUAAGUGAUUGUCCACGGUUGACAUUUCUCUUCACAUAUGUGGUUGCUCGAAACUUUGUAAAAUUGAAAAUAUUAAAAAUAUCAAGAUGUGAUGAACUAAAGUAUAUAGUAGCAGAUGAUGACAAAACGGAGGAAGGUGAAGAUGAAUUCACCACAGGGCAUCCUGUACAAAUUUUCCAAAAUCUGCAGGAUGUAAAGAUAUAUAGCUGUCGAGAAUUAAAACAUAUAUUCCCAACCAACAUUGUUGGAGGCUUAACUCAAUUGAAAGUUGUUGAGAUAGAAGAUUGUGACAAGCUAGAUCAAAUAAUUGGAGAUAUUGUUCCAUCAACAGACGGUGAUAAACUAAUAGAGGAAGGUAAGCAUCCAUAUUUCUAUAGCCCUUCAAUUCCAACAACAGUUGUGAAGCAUAGCCUAGUUACAUUACAUGGUAUUCCUUAGUUAAAAAUGGUGACACAUGUAGCUUCGAACUUAUAUAUUGUUUCAUUGCCAUGUUAUUUUCCGUUAGUAAGGUUCAAACUCGAGACACUACUGAUCUACGUUUACUUAAAUCAAUUAC